AUGAAAAAAACAAUUGAAUUAAUUCAAAAGAUUAUUACAUGUAAAUAUGUUCAACAAGUUCUUCAAUAUAUGAUUGAUAAUACAAUAACAGAUAAUGAAAUUCGUAUGUGGACAUCAAAAUGUGAUUUAAUUCCAACAUCAUUAUUUGAUAAAGCUCUUGCUAUUGUUGAUACACAAAUGAUUAUAUGUGAACUUGAAACAAAAAUAAAAUCAGGUGAAGCACAUCAAACAAGACGUGAAAUUAAAACGAUGCAAAAUGAACUUAAUACAAAACAACGAGAAUUAGAAGAAAAGCAAGCAUCUCUUAAACAGGACGCCAAAGAGACACAAAAAAACUUUCGCAUGUAA